AUGUCCAGUAUUAUAUCGACUUCUAUAGAGGAUGACCAAAAGAAGAAUCGCUCUUUGUGUGGCUGCAUACUUUGUUUUGUUUUGUGGCUCUUCCCUUUUUGCCUGGUGAUUGGCACAGCUCUUUAUUUCUCUCCGAACAGACGAACCAGCGAUAUCACCGAAUUCAACAACCGUGCAAACUCCUGGCUCAAGAAUGGAAAAGAGCUGUUCGAGGGAAACAACUUUACACUUUACGUAAACGACGACGACUAUCCCUUGGAGGAGAUUGUUGUAAAACCAGAUGGAAUUCAUCCUGCCGGUGACAAAUGUAAUCUCGAGGGCGACCCAGAUGGUGGCUGUGUUAGUUGCGACGUAGUCUACUUUGAAGUUGAAGUGCCAGUUCCUAAAGGUGAGAGCAAGCUGUCUCUCAAAUUGGUUCACGAUGCCAAUGUUGUGAUGAACGACACCAUUGCAACUUCUUCGACCCAGGGCACUCUUUCCCGGAUUUGCUUCCGAGUUCAUGACAACGAGACUACCUUCGUUUUGGAUAAUCCUCCUGCUUGGUCGCUCUAUAUGAAUGAGGGAGAGAUUGGCUGCGAGUUCUCGAACUCCUGGGAGCCGCUGUACUACGAAGCGGGCGAGCAUUCCACGCUCAAGUUCCAAGUUCGCUACUACCAGGAUCCCUUCAUUUCAGCGAGCAGCAUUACGCGAGGAUGCAGUGAGAGAGAUGACGCCUCUAACUGUUUUGGAAUUACCAAGAAGGCUAUGACGAAUUAUGGACUGUAUAUCAUCAUUGGAGCGGGUGGCGUUACGGCUUUGGAGGUGAUCGUUUUAUUGAUCGUUUGUUGCGUCCGGAAGGGUAAUGGUGAAAGCCGUCCUUUGCUGUAAGGAGUUUGUUAGAGGUGAGCAUAUUUCUACUAUA